AUGAUCUUGCAAACCCUCUUUCUGAUUUUUUCUUCGACCGUCAACUCUCAGCAGUUCUACCAACAGGCUCCUGGAACCGUCGUCAUGAGACCACAACAAGUUGCUCAAGCAAUGCGUCCACGAAAUCGAAUUCAUGCUUCUCGCCAAUUGAACCUCAUGCUUCAACGUCAACGGCAACAAUUGAACACCCAACAGCACAUGUUGAGCCUCAACAAUCUUCUGCAGCGACAACAGAAGCUUAUCCAGCAACAACAACGGCUCAUUCGACAACAAAAUAUGCAGAAAAUGCCAAUCAUGAUGCCAAGACCUCAAAGAAUGAUCAUCAUGCAGGAAUUGACUACUAAGCCGACUACGACAACAACCACUACCACCACAACUACUACCACUACGACCACAACUUCAACCACUACAACCACAACAGAAGACGUACAGUACGUCGACUAUCCAGUCUACAUUGAUGUUCCUGUUUAUGUCGAAACCGUGAUCGACCAUGAAAACCAGAAAGUUUACACUUACCAGAUCAAUGACGACGAAUCAAGAACUUUGAUCCGAGUUGAUCCUCGAGACAAUAUUGUUUUCAAGGGAACAACUACUUCCAAACCAGAAACUACCACAACUUCGACUACUACGACCACUUCAACGACCACUUCAACGACAACUUCUACCACAUCUACAACUCAAGAGGUAAUCUACGAGGACUACCCCGUCUAUGUCGACGUCACCGUCUGGGUCGAUACCGAACUCAAUGAAACCACCAACGAAAUCUACACAUACAAAUACAAUGAAGACGGCUCACGAACUCUCUUGCGCGUCGAUCCUGCCGAGAACGUUGAAUUUAUUUCCGAGAGCGCAACUGAUGCUGCUCCAACCACAACCACCACGACUACUACAACAGAAAGUGUUGAGCCUGAAAUCAUCUACGAAGACUACCCCGUUUACAUCGACUUGCCAGUUUACAUUGAAACUGAUUACGACCCCGAAAGUGGAACAGUUCUUACUUUCCAAAUCAACGAAGAUGGUUCCCGAACCUUCCUUAGAUCUGACAACGCCAAGGACGUGCUCUUCGAGUAUGCGACUUCCGACGAGUCCAAAAUUGAGCAGUCAGCAAACGAGGUGCAGAACGUUGUCUAUGAGGAUUAUCCAGUCUAUGUCGACGUUCCAGUCUACGUCACAAGUGAACUCGAUGAGGAAACAAACGAGCUGACUACCUUCCGAGUCAAUCAAGACGGAACUCGAAAUGUUGUGCGAGUUGACGAUGCCGAUCGGCUCCUGUUUUCCGAGUAUUAA